AUGAGAGUAUUCGCCUUCGGUUCCAAUGGAUCCGGUCAACUAGGCAUAGGCCAUACAGAAGACGUUUCCAUACCAACAGAAUGCCUCUUCACUUCUCCCACACCUAACGACAAGGUCGUGAACAUUGUCGCGGGGGGAAACCAUACCCUGAUCCUCACCGACUCUGGAGCUGUCUAUGCAGCCGGAUGUAAUACAGAUGGAAGAUGCGGACCUGGUAUUCAGGCCCUUCAGGAAGAAAAUGGGACCAAGAAUGGACAAGCCGAAGAGAAUAUCUUACGCUUUCGCAGGAUAUUUCUUUCUGAUACCUCAACUCUGAAGACGAUAGACACAUUCAAGUGCGUCUCCGCAACGUGGGAAGGAAGCAUUCUCGUCCCUUCCACCCAAGAUAAAGUCUUUGUUCUGGGCUCAACAGCCAAAGGCGAAUUAGGUCUUGGGAAGGAUAUCACAACGCCAAUUCUGGAUCCCGGAGUCUCGAUACCGAAUUUCCCACCUCGGGGUACGACUGUCGCUUCACUUGCUAGUGGGAUGGGUCAUACAGUCGCUAUACUUUCUAAUGGCGAAGUUUACGGCUGGGGAGGGUCACGAAAGGGUCAACUUGGUGAUACUCUGAAAGCGGAGAAAAUUGUGUGGGAACCGGCUAAGGUUGACGGGAUACCAUUUUCUGCUACUGGUGCUGUCUGUGGACGGGAGUUCACGGUCGUACUGGGCCAGAGGAGCCAAGGAGAGUUUGUUGUUCUUGGUGAUGAGGGCAAUCGAUGGGGUAUUGCGAAGAUACCACAUUCGUUGCGCUCUACCUCGGGCGAUGCUGCUCGGAGUGGGUAUCUCGAUAUUGGAUCUAGUUGGCAUGGUAUAUAUGUACAUGCUGCUUCGAAGUCGGAGAAUGGGUUAUAUUCGCAGAGUACCCCUGGCUCUGAACCUGCUGCUUUUCCUGGGCAUCUUAUCGCCUGGGGCCGCAAUGACCGUGGCCAACUUCCUCCGCCGAACUUGCCUUCUCUUAUAAAGAUGGGCGUUGGGAGUGAGCAUGUCCUUGCACUUCUGGAAGAUGGCUCAGUGGCCACAUUUGGAUGGGGAGAGCACGGGAACUGUGGACCGGAUACAGACUCCCGCGGGAAUGUAGCCGGUGCGUAUAACUUCGUCUCUCUGCCUGACGAUGGGGGGGGUGGGAAGGUUGUCGAUGUUGCGGCAGGUUGUGCGACGAGUUGGCUUGUUGUGGAGUGA